AGCUACAGAAAGCGAUAUGCUCCUGUAUUUACCAUAACAGAGCGGUCUGUAGCUUAGCGUACUAGCUGGCUCGCUAGUGUUGGAGUGUUGAGAUAUUCUAAGAAAACGAGUUAAUUAUGUAUUUAUUUUAGUCAUUGAUAAAUAGGGUUUUAUGGGUAUUUAUGGGGAAGAAUAAGUUUGACUAGUCGGGUUAGCGUUAGCUAGGUUAGGUUAGCUACAAUCCAGUCCCUAACUUAGGCUAACGCUAACAGUUAGCUAAUGGAGGCUGUAUGGGGGUGAGGGUCUGUUUACAGUAGUGAGAAUAAAUGUAGUCAUUUAUUCAGGUGUUUAAGACAGCGGCAGCCGAAUAAUUCACAUAAACACUGUAAUUGACUGAGUUAGCUAGCUAGCUAGCCAGCUAGUAAGUUAGAUAGCUUUCUAGAAGAGCUAGUUAUAUAGCUAGUUAAUAGUUAUCUUUCCAUGGCAGCCUGUGAGGACUCUGGGCGGACGGGCUUGCGGGAAAGUCCAGCUGGGUCUGUCGGUCUUGAGAAGCUGGAAAUUCGUGAAGGUACCCUCAGGGAAGUUACGAAAAAUGGUGAAUUUCAGUGUAAAGACAGAGACGUCGAUGGUGAAUCUGAGAACACUGGGGACAAUGAGAAUUGUGAUGAAGAAGUGGAACAGCAAGAAGAAGAUGGUGAGAAAGGGAUCCAAAGAAAAGCAGCUGAUGAAGAGCUGGAUCCUCGGAUACAGGAGGAACUAGAGCACCUGAAUGAAGCCAGUGAGGAGAUAAACCAGCUUGAGUUGCAACUUGAUGAAGCACGGUCAAGCUACAGGAAAAUUCUUACUGAUUCAGCCAGAAAGCUAAAUACACAUAGCUCCCAACUGGGCACCUCCAUUGAGAAGGCCAGACCUUAUUAUGAAGCACGGAGAUUAGCUAAAGAGGCUCAGCAGGAGACCCAGAAGGCAGCACUUAGCUACGAGAGGGCUGUUUCCAUGCACACGGCUGCCCGGGAGAUGGUGUACGUGGCCGAGCAGGGCCUUGCAGCAGACAAGACUCUGGAUCAGACCUGGCAAGAAAUGCUCAAUCAUGCCACUGCAAAGGUGAACGAGGCAGAGGAGGAGCGACUGCGGAGUGAGCGAGAGCACAUGCGUGUCACUCAGCUGUGCCAGGCAGCUGAAGCUCGAGUGCAGACCCUGCAGAAGUCUCUCAAGAGGGCCAUUAUCAAAUCUAAGCCUUAUUUUGAGCUCAAGGCUCAGUUCAACUGUAUCCUGGAGGAGCACAAAUUGAAGGUCACUGAGUUAGAAAAUCGUGUGACUGAAGUUAAGAAAAGCUACUCGAUCACUUUACGCCGCCUGGAGAAAAUCAGUGAGGAGAUUCAUGCCCAGAGGGGAGUGGACUAUUCCGAGGAAGGAUCUAGAAAAGCAUUUGAUGCACGAAGUCCUCCUGUUGGAGCAGAAGCUGUCAGUAGUACAAGGUCUGAAGAAAGACUCUGUGUAGUCCACACCAAGUCAAAUGAUUGGGUGGAUGGCAAGGAAGGUGUGACUAAUAAGUGGGUGGAGAUGCGUAAGGAAUCCUGUUGGUGGGAGAGAGACAAGGAAUUACCGGCAAGUGGGGAGGUAGCAGGUUCAGACUCCACCUCAGUCGUUAGCUUUAAAACUAUUGCCUCUGACUUGGAAAAGUGUGAUUCUAUUGAGCACCUGGGCCACAUGAGCGACACUGUCAGUCUCUCCGGAGAGGAGGAGGAGAAAGGGAAAGCAAGGGAUUCAGAGAAGGAGAGAAUUAAACAAAGAAUGGACAAAAAGCUGGACAUUUCAGGGAAGGAGAAACAGGAGCAGUUUCUCAAACAGCAUCAGAGGAGUGUGAGUUUGUGAGUGGGAGUUGUCUGUAUUGAUACUUGUGUUUCAGUUGUGUUGAAGCAGAUCACGUUGCCACAUUUGCAGCAUGAUGUCAUUCACCCCAGGUCUAAAUCCCUGUCUAAGGCUGCUCUGAGUAGUACAGGAUACUACGGCACGAUUCUUGACUUGAAACUACAGUAGAUCAGAAUUUACAUCAAAUUACAUUAAAAAUGUUAAAGUAGACUUCCAGUACAGCAUUUGUUUUUGGUAAUUCACAGUAGUUAAGCAGUGGUAUCAAUCGCUAUCACAUCCCCACAUACGUGAUAGUAUUAGCAUAAUAUGGGACACAGUUCAGACUGUGAUGGAGGACAUUGGUUAGGUUGAGAAGAUUGGUUUUGUUUUUUAUUUAAGCAUUUGAGAAGGAAUCAAACCCAUCACAUGUGUAAAGCACAGGAAAAUGCUGUAAUAAUUAUGUUAAUGAGUUUCAAUAAUACAGUUCUAAACAAUUAUUUUAAAGCUUAUUCUGAAACCUGUGUUUUUUUUUUAUUUUGCAGUUUUAUUUCAGUUCAGGUCUAUUGUAUUGGCAUUAUAGUAAUAUUGGGUUGUACAAUACAACAAUACACUGUUUGACAGGGGUGUAACGGUGUAUGCGUUCAUACCAAAUCACCACAGCAAUAUUGGACACACAGGGUGCAGUAUUAAUAUUGUAACAUGUUCCACAAGUUCAAUGACUUUUGGUAAAACUCCCUGUAUAUUAUCACAAUGUGUAUUACAGAAAAAAAUACUUCAAUGUCAGUCCAGCCCAGUACUAAAACAACCCUGCUAUAAAAAAAAAAACAACAACUCGGGACCAGUAAUAAUUACACUAUAUGGUUAAGUACUAAAAGGACAAUAAGCAAAAACACAAGGCAAGGUGCAUAGACUAUAAGUACAAUAAACAAUAAAUACAAUGCAGUAAAUAACACUGCCAUCAGUUAAUAUACGGAAUCUGCUGUUAACUUGAAUGUAUGGAACUGUUUUCUGGUAAUUUGAGCAAUAUAGAAUGCAGACUUUGGGGUGAAUGACAGCAUCCUUUAGAUGGGGUUAAAAGUGAUAUUUAAAAUGAUAUGCUUGAAAUUUGGACAGUGAAUUUGUCUUGAAUCUCUUUAAUCUGACAAUUUAAUUGAAGAAUUUUCAUUUAUCUGCUGAAGUUGUUUUGAAUCAUUUAUUGAACCAGUGCUUAAAUUUACCUUGUUGCCUUUUUACUUGUGUAUAUUUUAUAAAUAUAUUUAAAUGUGUGCAAGCUAGCACGUGUACAUGAACACAUUCACUAUAUACUCAACUUGCAUAUAUACUGACAUAUAUAUUGAAAAAAAUAUUAAUGAUAGAUUUUAAACUGACUGUGGCAGUCACACUGAUUUGCAUAAGCUGUAUUUUUGUAUUAAAUUAUCAGCUAUGUUCUCGUUGAUGUGCUAACAGUGCAAUUAGGCAUGUUUGACAUUGAAAAACCUGCAAAAUAUUAUGCUUAUGAUUGCAAAUUAAGAUUGACUGGUGUAGGUGAACACUUUCAGUGACAACUCAGUAAUUAGCUGCCAGCAAACUCAAUUUACACCUCCUUAACCCCAACAAGCUGGGUGUCAUAUGAGUUGCAUGAAGCUGAUAUUUAUGACAUGCUUGGUGUUUUAAUUGACUUUUUAAGGAAGAUCUAUUGUUUUCUUAUAAUGUGUUCAUUUUUCAUUUCCCAUUAUUUUGUUAACCCCCUGUUUACGCCCAGUUCAUAAUUUAUGCAAUGGAAGCAGACUUGUUUUCACUGACAAUGAUUAAAAAAAAAGCUUUACAAGCACUAGUAUUACACUAGAUUUUUGGAAUGAAAUGCUCAAAUCUUAAUGCAUAUUUCUUUUUUUCUGAAUUGAAAUGAAGGACGUGCCAUUUAGAAGCAUGAACAAAUACAUUUUUGUGUGAAAAAAAUUGUAAUCAUGUAGUCAUAAAUAAAUAUUCAGACUUUCUCACAUUACAGUCAUAUUCAUAUUAAUGAUUAUUACUGAAUAUUAUUGCUGGUCUUGCCUGGUUUCAGAACAUGCUUCUCUUACUGCUAUUACAGUUCUUACAAUGUCAGCCUUAUGUGAUGACUCUCUUAUUUGCUCUAUUUGCAUAAGAAUUAUUAGAAGAUGAACUUUUAUUUUUUGGUUUACUGUCAGUGGAGUGUCAUAGGCUUAGAUUGCAAGCAGAAUUGGUACUUGACAGAAUUAAGCAUGUAUUAAGACACCACAGUGUGCAUUCAUGCGGUCAAGCUCUACAUUAGGUGAAAAGCAUUGUUUUGGCUGCAUUUUCAUUAUUAUUAUUAUUAUUAUUAUUAUUAUUAUUAUUACAGUCACUUGAUUUAUAUCUAAUAUUUUAUUAUAGUAUUUAGUAGAUGAUUGUUGUUUUCAGCUGACAAAAAGGCAAUGUUGAUGUACUUUGCUUUGUACUAUUUAUAUUUGUAUAUUAAUCCUAAUUUAAAUGCUGUUAUGAAUUAUGAAUCAACUGACUAUGGAAAAUACAGUUUUGAUUGGUAAAUUCUAUAAUUAAGCCUGUCAUAGUUGUAUAUUUUGGAACUGACUGUCUAUAUGCCCGAUUUCUGUCCUUGUUUUGUAAUGCAAUGUUUUUUAUACAUGUUUUCUUUGCUUUCUUUUAUUUAGAAAGCCUUUUUCUCUUUUCUGUAACAGAAUUGAAGAUUGUUCUUAAUGAAGAUGUGCAUGAAUGUUGCUUAUGCAUUGUCUGAUUGAAGAAUAAAUUACUUGGCUGUGUAAA